AUGUGUCAUGCUGUUGUCUAUGCUGAAUGUUGUCGGGGGACUCAGGCAAAAUUCUCUGCUGUUAGGGGCGAAAUAGAAUGUAUUUGCACCGACCAUUUGGAAGUUGGCAACCAGGUCAAAAUAUGGGAAUGCAUAAGAGGACAUUAUAGUUAUUAUUUAGUAUUUGACGUAAAGGCUGUACUGAAUUUUGAAGAAGCAGUCAGGGUUUAUCACUUUUGUAUGAAUGACUUGGAAGCAUCUAAAGAAGCAACCUGUGAGCCGUUCAAAUGUCUGCCAGGUUGGAGUGGUUCGCUCUGUGAGAUCGAGGUUCAUGGCAGAAACAUUAAACAAAAAAAAGCUGUCGAAAAAAUGCCCUCAACUUUGUACAUUGGUUGCUUCAAGUACGUGAACUGCGUUGAGAGGUCCUACGCGGCCAAUUUGGACGAAUGCAUCAAUUUCUGCAAGCAAUACCCAAUAUAUCGCCUCGUCAUUUGCAUGCGUACACCUCUACGACAAUUUCAGAACGGAUCAGAAUGCUUUUGUUCAACAGAGGUUGAUGAGUUAUUAGAAUCUUCAAUGUGCAAUAGCACAUGUGCCGACGGAAAAGCAUGCGGUGGAGCCCAUUUCUACAGUGUUUAUUCCAGUUCGUCGUCAUUCUUACACAAUUUGAACUGUCAAAUUUUAGUAGAAGAUUUGGUUGGGUGUUACUCCGACGAAAAAAUUAAUUUGGAAAAGGCAAAAGAUCAUUUUAAAGAUGAUUACAUGACGUUUGCGUACUGCCUAAGCUUUUGUAGGGAACACAAAUCAGAUCAUGUAGCUCUUAAGAAUUCCUCCAUGUGUGUUUGUGGAUACCUGUUCGACCUGUUUGCACCUAGUGACCAGGUGCACAUUUCCAAAUGCGACGUGCUCUGCCGCGAUGACCCAACCAAAAAUUGUGGCUCCACCCACGCCUUCUCCGUCUACAAAGCAUUCUCCUUCUACCAAAGCGAAUCAGUUGAUACCUCCAGUCACUUCUGUAUGAACAAUAUGCAAGCGAAUUUCUGUCACCCUGGAAUGUGUGAUGAUGGAUGGACAGGAAUCUUCUGCAAUGAAAGAGACUGUUCGAAGUCGAAUGGGAACUGUGAGGAUUCAACCUGCAUCAGCGUAACAGUCAAUGGUCAUCAGAGAAAUGAAUGUCAUUCUCAUGAAAUAAAAGGCGCAAACAACUGGUGUAACGUCGAGUUAGAAAUAGAAUUAGAAUUCACAAAUAUUCCCAUGGUGACACAAGCCAUUUAUUUCUACACAUUGAAUAGAGCAAUAAUACGUUGGGGAGAAUGUUUAGAUUUGAAUAACAUAACAGGGUUGAAAGUGGUUCAGAAGAUUAGAGUCUGUGUGAGAACCACUUCGAGAUAA